AUGGCGCCGGAGAAAGAAAAGUCGAAAGUGCACAAGCUGUCGUUGAAAGGCUCUGCGAAGCUGGUCUCUGAAUUUUUUGAAUACUCUAUUCACUCUAUCCUGGUAAAGAAAUAUGGCCUCAACAUGCUCGUCUCCGCCGACGACCAGGUCAAGGCAUAUAUCAAGAAGAUAAUGUCGCAGCUGAACAAGUGGAUGCUGGGAGGGAAGAUAUCCAAGCUUGUCAUCGUUAUCACGGAUAAGGACACCGGAGAACACGUCGAGAGAUGGCAGUUCGAUGUCGAAAUAUUUAAAAUCUCCAAGAGCAAGUCUACUCGAAAGACCCCCGACGAGAAUGCAAAUCCUGGGUCUCAACCCAGCAGCUCUUCUGCACCGCCCGAGAAAUCUGAAAAGGAGAUACAAGACGAGAUACAGGCCAUAUUCCGCCAGAUUACAGCCUCGGUCACCUUCUUGCCAAUGCUAGAUGGGAAUUGCACGUUCAAUGUCCUGGUUUACGCCGAUGCCGAUUCAGAAGUGCCAUUAGAAUGGGGGGACAGCGAUGCCAAAGAAAUUGAAAACGGGGAGAAAGUCCAAUUGCGUAGUUUCAGCACAAGCAGUCACCGUGUCGACACAAUGGUCAGCUAUAGGCUGGCAGAAUAG